GGAAACAGGAACUCUUCUGACGUAGCAAGUGGGAAAUUCAAAUUCAAAAACAUGUUCGUAUGAAAGAUACUUUGGCCGUUUUAAUUCUAUAUCACAUUAUAAAUAUAUGUUAUUUCGAGGAGCAAAUUAAACUGUUGCCCUUUUUAAAAUUCCAUCAAAGUUUUUUUUAUUGUUUUGAACUCGCUUCUAUCGGCGUUUUUAAAGUGAAUCGUUGGAGCACAGCUGAUUUCAGUUUCCUCAGCAUGCCUGUAGACAGCACUUCUGAACUUCUCAAGCACUAUGAGGUUUAUGAAACCAUUGGCUCAGGUGGGUUUGCCAAAGUCAAACUUGGUAGACACAUACUGACAGGAGAGAAAGUGGCCAUCAAAAUAAUGGAAAAGAAAGACCUAGGGGAUGAUCUGCCCCGAGUUAAGACAGAGAUUGAAGCUAUGAAGAACCUCAGUCAUCAACACGUGUGUCGUCUCUACCAUGUCAUCGAGACAUCAAGCAAGAUCUACAUGGUGCUCGAGUACUGUCCUGGAGGAGAACUGUUUGAUUACAUCAUUGCCAAAGACCGGUUAUCAGAGGAAGAGACCCGAGUGUUUUUCCGUCAGAUCAUCUCGGCGUUGGCCUAUGUUCAUAGCCAAGGUUAUGCACACAGAGACCUCAAACCGGAAAACCUGCUGAUCGAUGAAGAUCAUAACUUAAAACUCAUUGACUUUGGCCUUUGUGCCAAACCAAAGGGUGGUUUGGGUUUGGAGUUGCUGACCUGUUGUGGCAGUCCAGCAUACGCGGCUCCAGAGCUCAUUCAGGGCAAGGCUUACAUCGGCUCGGAGGCUGAUGUGUGGAGUAUGGGUGUGUUACUUUACGCUCUACUUUGUGGUUUUCUACCCUUCGAUGAUGACAAUUGUAUGGUCCUCUACAGAAAAAUUACUAGAGGCAAAUAUAGCAACCCGCACUGGCUUUCACCUGCUAGCAUUCUGCUUCUAAACCAGAUGAUGCAGGUGGACCCAAAGAGGCGUUUGACUGUGAAACAGUUGCUUGAUCACUCUUGGGUUAUGAAGGGAUACAGCACACCAGUGGAGUGGCACAGUAAACAUCCUUUGGGUCAUAUAGAUGAAGACUGUAUCACUGAAAUGGCAGUGGCUUUAAAACAAUCCAGACAUCGCACAACACAACUUGUGUCAGAGUGGAAGUAUGAUCAAAUGACUGCCACCUACCUUUUACUGCUGGCUAAAAAGCGACAAGGCCGUCCUGUGCGUCUGAGAGCUGAAUGCCCCGUGAUUGACCCCUUGUGCUCUCCUCUACAGGACAUACAACUGAAGAAGAGUCUACGCUUCAGUGAGGAUGAUGAUGGUGUUCACCCAGUGGUGCUCGGCUCUAUGGUCUUCCCUCUUGAUUGCUACGAUGAUGAGAAUCCCUGGACGCCUCUCACACCCAAGAACACACACACCACAAACACUCCACGCAUCAAGUUCACCUCUGAAGCAUCAGAGAAGCAACGGAGUGAAGUGUGUUACUCCCCCAUCAUAGAGCAAGGGAGACCCCGCCAACAGAAGCCCGAGAGGCGUGAGAGAACCAGAGAAAAUAAAGAAAACCUCGCUGUGACAGGCACAGAUGGAGAUGUGUUUGCUCUGCCUGCUCCCCGAACUCCCAUGAGCAGCAGAAAGACCAAAUCCAACAGAAAUGUGGCGACAACACCCAACAACAACAACAUCACUAGCACCAGCAGCAGCGCAAACAAAGGAGCGUCCAGUGCCACUAAAGAAGUGUCCCGCAGGAGAGAGAUGGACCAACAGCAGAUCGGCCAACAAGGAGAACUGGAUAUACUGGCUUUCAGCCCCGAGAGAAGGUCUCGAUCUCUGGACCUGGCUGGCUGUCAGGUGGACAGUGGGCAGAAGCGGAAGGGAGGUAAAGUGUUUGGCAGUCUGGAGAGAGGCCUGGAUAAAGUCAUUACAAUGCUCACACCCAGCAAAAAGAGAGGACCUCGAGAUGGACCACGCAAAAUUAAGGCUCAAUACAACGUGACACUCACCAGUCAGACUAAUGCUGACCAAGUGCUCAAUCAGAUUCUCACCAUUUUACCAGAGAAGAAUGUGGACUUUGUUCAGAAGGGCUAUACUCUGAAGUGCCACACACAGUCAGACUUUGGAAAGUUGACCAUGCAGUUCAAGCUGGAGGUGUGUAUCCUGCAGAAGCCCGAGGUGGUGGUGAUCCGUCGACAGCGGCUCAAAGGUGACGCCUGGGUCUAUAAACACCUGGUAGAGGACAUCCUGUCCAGCUCCAGCAUCUGAUGUCACUCUUGAGGCAGACACAGCGACAUCACCUCUUACCUACCUGAGUUAAAUGAAGAUGUCCAUUACUGAAAAACCUCCACUUCUACUUUAUAUUUCAUAUGACCAUUAUUGUUUGGCAUGUGCAGGAAGUGAUACAGUAUUAUUCCGUCAUGUUCUACCUUUGAAAGUAAUGCAAAUAUUUUUGUCACUUUAUACUAUACGUCCUUCUAAUUUAGCAAUAAGCAGUACUCGUAUAGCAUUAUGCCAGCAAUUGCAUCUUAUUCGUCAUUUGUUUUUAUGUUUGUCUCAAUUAUAUAGUGUCAAUGUCAAGUUUUUCUAUUUUUUUUAAUCUGUUACCGUUUUCAAAAUGUUUGUCAUUUUGUUCUUGUUUCUAUUUGUGUGCGUGUCAGUCAGACUCGUAAAUAAAUCUUUUUAACAUC